AUGUCUGCUCAAGAAACAUGCCAGUGCAACAAGCAAUCCUCAGAGAACUGCCACUGUGAUGGUGAGUGCAAGUGUCAUCAGAAGGAAUGCAAAUGCAACGAAGGCUGCAUGUGUGGAAACGAUUGCCACUGCACAAAAGACAACAAAUGCUCACCAGAUUGCCAUUGUGGAGAAGGCUGCCAUUGCAACGAAGGCUGCAAGUGUGGAAACGAUUGCCACUGCACAAAAGACAACAAAUGCUCACCAGAUUGCCAUUGUGAUCAUUAA